ACCCCGGCCGACCGGAGCACCCAAAUCCGCCCGCCCCCCGCCGUCCCCGACCCAGGCGACCGCCGCCGCCCGCGGAUCCCCGACCAGCCCAGGAGCAAGGCGGCCGCGCGCGCGGGGUUCUCGGGGGCCUGCGGCGCUCGGGAGUAGACCGGAUUCGCCUCGCCCCCGGCGCCGGAGGGAGCGAGGGAGGCGGGAGCUGGGUUUCGGCGCGCGGCGUGGGAUGAGCUAGAUUUCACUCGACCUAGGAUGGCGGCGGCCGCGGUUUGAGUCCGACGAGCGCCUCCCUCCCGCCCCGGUUAAUUAGCUGCUGGUAGAGAUUUUAGCGUAGUCUGCCUAGAGGUGCUGCUGCUGCUGCUGCUGCUGGCGAUGAGCUCCGAGGCCCCCAAGAACAUGAGGACGGUCUACUCGAGGGAGUUCCUGAUCUCGAUCGGCGAGUCGGACCGCUGCAAGAACCUGCCCCCCGGCGUCAACCUGUCGCUCCUCAACGAGCUGCAGGAGGCGUCGUCGGUGGCGUACGAGAGGGGCAACAGGGGCCAGUACACGACGCCCCUGGGAAGGUCCGACGGGUCCGGGAGUUACACUUACUCGUCGCGUGGCGGGAGCUCCGGCGGAAGGUGGGACACUCGCUCGACGGGGUCGAGUGACCGGGAAGGAGACUUUCCUGACCGCGACUCGCUGACGCAGGAUAGGAAUAAUGGAACCCAAUACAAACGCACUUGGCAAAAAGUAGAACAUGAUGGCCUGCUGGGAAGCGGUGGAUUCCCUAGACCAUCAGGAUAUGCAGGGCCGCUGGCGGCCAAGGAUCGUGGGAAUGCGCCUCAGCCAAACAGGACAGCUGAGCGCUAUCAGCCACCACGCCCUUACAAGGCUGGACCUCUUUCACGAAAAGAUGUUGACUCAAUGAAUGAUGAAACAUUUGGGUCUUUUGAAUGCUCAAAUGACGAUAGAGCAGAAGAAGAAAAGAAACGAAGAGCAUCAUUUGAAUUGAUGAGGAAAGAGCAACAUAAAUCUCUGCAAGAAAAGAAGAGUGGUCCUGGUGAUGACAUCAUGACGAUGUUACAGAAUUCUACUGAAAACUUAGGUUCCGCAACUAACAGUGGGAAGCCAGAUGGAAUAGUGCCCUCAGUUUAUCAAGAUACCACUAAAACAUCUUCAGUUCUACCAGCUCCUGCGGCGAGGCCACUUGUCCCGCCUGGUUUCUCAAAUGCAGUUGUGGAGAAAAAGGUUCAGUCCCAGUCGUCCAACAUUGCACUUGAACCAAAGGCUCACAUUCCUGCUAGAGAGGAUAAAUUACCGACUAUUGUGCAAUUUAGUAGCCAAGUAGAGGGAAACCAGUCAGCAACAGACAUCGCCUCAAGCAACAAAAAGAAGGGCAUUUCUGACAACAUUGGUGUACAUCAAAAGCACACACUUCCAUCUGGAGGCGUUUCCUCUUCAACUGAAUUUGUUCCUAAAAUUCUGAAAGGAACUGAGGAGUGGGAAGCUGAUGCAAUGGAUGAUAAGUACUCCAUUGAGAAACAGGGCAUGCCAAAAAAUGGUGGUUCAGCUGGGAAGGACAAUUCAAUCUCAAUCUUGGAAGAGUUCUUUGGCAACGCAUUGUCAAAAGGCAGUGGCAAUUUACCGACAUAUGUUGAGAGUCAACAGCUGAAUACGGGUGCUGAUAUGAUGGCCUCUUCUGUACCAGAAUCAUCCAAAUUUGCUCGCUGGUUUCGUGAUGAAGAUUCGAAACCUUCAGAGGACUUGCCAUCAAAGAGCCUGCUCUCCAUGAUUGUGAACAAUGACAAACCAGGCCCACAAAACAUAGCCCCUGGUCCAACAUUGUCUGAUGGUGCUAUUCAUCAGAAUUUAUCAUCAAAAUUAACUACCGAUAAAUUCGAUGCUUCAUCAAGGCUACUACCAUUUCCAUCUCCUGCACCUGCUGGUGGUAUCCAGGAACAGUACAGGCAUGCUGCUAUCCCAGAGCCAGCUCCAGUUAUGAUGACAUGUGAGGAUCUUGAGCAGGCGAUGCUGGCACAGGUUGCUAGCAACAGCGGUUCUACUCAGAAGAGUGCUGUACAGAGGCAUCAGGCUGUUUUGGAUGAGCCAGCCGCCAAGCAGAAAGUAGCUGUAGACAAUCAUGCAUCACACCAUCUUCUUUCAUUAUUACAGAAGGGAACAGAUAGCAAGGGGUCAUCUCCGUUUGGUUUCCACAUAGGAUCAGCUGAUGAACCACAGAGUUCUGAUGUAAAUGCCAUGGCCAAUGGUGGUAUAUAUGGAACUGUUCCGAGUAACAAAACUGAAACUGUUCCGAUUAACAAAACUGAGACUAUUCCUGCUUCAGGGAAGAGCGUGACCUUGGAAGCAUUAUUCGGGGCUGCAUUUAUGAAUGAGCUCCAUUCCAAGGAUGCACCAGUUUCUAUUCGGGGAUCUGCAUCCAGUCAUGAAGGGUACUACCCUGGUGAAGAGGCUCUGACCUUUAACAGCAAUGAAGGCGGAGAUCCUUUUAAAGAACCAAGAACCGGGAUAGAGUACAGGAAUACAUCAUUCAGUGGUCCAAGUCAGGGUACUAGCUUUGACAAGAAUGGGUUGGAAAUUAAUCUGCCUGAGGAAGACAGUUUGUUUACAAUGAAUGACUCUUUCGGUGUUCGAAAGCCUGAUAUGUUGCCAUCACUGAGAUCCGGUAGGGUGGAGGUGCAAUUACCUGAGAAGGCAGUUGAUGAUCUUAACUAUAAGCUUCAAGGCCUUGUGCCUGGUGAUGUAGAACCUGCUCAAGUACUUGGUCCUGAUGCUCUGGGGCCUCGUUCCCAUGAACAGCGUUAUCAGGUCGAGUCCCAGAAUCUUUACCAUCUUCUACAGGGUGGCAGGCAACCUGCACUGGCUCCUCGGCCGAUGCUGGAUCACGUUGGUAACAGGAGUCAGCAAGCCCCAUUUGACAUGCCACAAGCGAUACGGCAUGAUCCCCGCCGUUCUUUCCCACCUAACAUGAAUCCUAUGCAACACACACUAAAUGCUCCAGGGGUCCCUCAUGUGGAUCCUGCUGCCCAUCAUCUUAUGCUGCAGCGCAUGAGUGGAAGCUUUCCAGCAGAAGGCUUGCCAAGAGGUGUUCUGCCAUCUCAGCCUGUGCAUCAGGCGGCUGGUUAUAGACCUGAGAUGAACAAUGUAAAUAAUUUCCAUAUGCACCCUCGCCAGCCCAGCUAUGGAGACUUUGGGUUGAUGCCGCCAGGUCCAUCGGGUCCAGAGGUGCGAGGCAACCACCCAGACGCCUUCGAGAGGCUGAUGCAGAUGGAGCUCACAGCCAGAUCAAAGCAGAUACACCCAGCCAUGGCCGGCCCUGUACCAGGCGGCGGAAUGUACGGGCCCGAGCUCGACAUGAACCUGAGAUACAGAUGAAGAACUGUCUCUGCUGUGCCUGUCGUCGCCAUGCCCUAUCACCCAAACAAACCACCAUGUUCCGUGUCCAUGAACGAACUUGCGUUAGCGUUUGCGGUUGCUACAAGAUAAGAUAGCUCGUCGGGGAGGAAGUUUCGCCGGUGCCGGUGUGUGCCAUGUAUGUAGUACUUUGUGCCUGAAAUGGUUGGAUGGGUUGCUGAUGAUGAUCUGGUGAGGAGGGAGGGAGGGAGGGAGGGGGGAUACAUUGGGUGCUGUCAUUGUAGCAGCCACAUCUGUACCUGUGUCUGUCUGUGUCUGUGUCUGACUAUUUGUUUUUCGUUUUUGUAUAAAUACUAAAAAAAGGACCAGAUUAACAAUAACAUAUUUGCAUUUGGUCCC